UGAAGAGGCGUCUUCUGUGAGUAGUGAAAGCUUUUAAACCGCUGGUGGGUUCAGCUUGCGGCAUGAGUUUUGUGACCAAGGCGAUUGUGGCAGACUCCGCGGCUUGUAUCUCAGGAACGUGAGCAUAGAUUCAUAGUAUGGAUCCUAAAGAAUAUCUCCUUUCAUCUUUGGCAUAAGUCAAAUGAGAAAUCCAUUAGGCUUAAAAUAAGAAGACCUGAGUAUUACUCUUCAAAUUAAUAUUAUCUGUGACGAGAGAUUUUUUGAAGCACCGUUGUAAUUGUUCUGUUUAGAUCAAGAUGUCUAACAAAGCAAGUGCUUCCAAGAAAAGGUCUCAACAGUUAAAAAGAAACCCAAAAAGAAAAAUUGAUGAUGAGGAAGUGGAGUUACCAGAGAAAAAGGUUAGAAACACAGCAAAAAAUAAAAAUCCAAAGCAUCUGCCUUCUGAAGUAACAGGACAAACAGAGCAUACUAAUCUAAAACAGAUUAAGAUAGCAUCCAACAGGAGAAAAACCUGGCAUCCUCUUUCAGAGAGUAGCAGAGAGCAUUUGCAAACUAUGAUGGACUCCAUAAUAAUAGCAAUUCUGAGUAACAAUAUUAGAGAAAAUGAACGAGUUCAGUAUCAUCUUAACUAUCUGAAGAAAAGAUUGCUACAACUGUGUGAAACCCUUAAAGUCCCUCCCAAAAAGCUGAAAGAUUUAACUAACGUGUCAAGUCUACUGAAAAUGGAAAAGGCACAGCACAGAGAUAAUGAAGAAGGUCUGGCGUUAUUGCAGGAAGAAAUAGAUAAAAUAGUAGAGACCCUAGAGUCAAUGACUGGGAAUAUUCAGAGCCUAAGGAACAAAGUGCAAGUUCUGACGAGUGAGGUGGAAGCAGAGGAAGAGAAAGUAAAGCAGAUGUUUCAAAUAGAUAGUAGUGGGGUACUCUGUCUUCCAGAACUUUCUCAGAAGAGUCUCAAAGCACCCACACUUCAGAAAGAAAUUUUGACAUUAAUUCCAAACCAUAAUGCUCUUCUGAAGGACUUGCAUGUGCUCCAUAAUUCAUCCCAGAUGAAGAAUAUGUUAACUUUCAUCGAAGAAGCCUAUAAGAGACUGGAUACCUCUUAAAGAGUUUUUUUUAGACUGUUCUGUCUUAAUUUAAUGUUUAUGAGUUUGUAAAACUGUUAGCCUAUGAUGAUACUGCAGAGGCUGAGUCUUCUUUGGGAUUUAUUUCCAACAUACACUUAAAAUUAGCCUCUGUAGAUCUAAUAGCAUCUAAUGUAGUCCUAAAAACUGUUUAUAGUAGUUGCCAAAUCUAGGAACUCACAUUUUGGUUGCUGUGUCUCUGGUUGUUUGCCUGAGCUGCAAUCUAAUGACUUACAAUGGCUGAAUAGAGCUCAUUUAUUGGUUAGUGCAGAGGAACUGUGAUACUGUAAUGUAAUAUAUGUAAAGUGUGUAUAGUGCCUAGUACAUAAAAACAUAACUGUUUGCAACGAUUAUUCUUUAGUUCAUGACUUGUACUUUCUGUGUGGUCAUCUGGAACUUGAGAAAUCCCCAAAUGCUUUUAUUCUUUUACAUAGCCCUCUAGACUUUUUGUGACGUAAGAUUUGCCAGGUGUCUACCUUUGGGUGUAGCAUGAACAUUUUAUUUCUUUGGUUGGAUUAUUGACUAGAUGAAUAUUUUCCACUGUCAUCAAAACAUACUUUUAUUUAAAAGGAACGUAAGCACAUUUAAUCCCUUAAAAGAAAAAUCAAAAAAACCCUUUCUCUAAACCUUUUCUCAUUGUAGUAAUAUUAGGAGUUAGUUGGACAAUUAGGUAGUCAGGGCCAGGGUCCCCAACAAGAAAACAUGGAAUCAGGACAGCUAAGACAAAACAGUACUAACAUCCUAUUUUGCACUCGCAUUUUGGUUUGCAGCCUUUGUAGAAAUGACUUCUGCAAAAUGAAUUAACACGGAAGGAUGUAAUGCUCUUGUUAAAUCAAACCCUCUCUGAGGCUGAGAAACGGGGGGUCCUGAAAAGUAUGGGGACAAACAGCAACUUCAUUACCAGGUUAUUACCAGAGCCCUUGGGUGGCUUCUAAUUCCCUACUAGAGCCCAAGCUGUCCCUCCUCAAGACCCCAAUUGGGACCCUAAUGAUCCCCUCAGAAAUGGGUACCAUGGUCACUUCCAGGCUUACAUCCUAGAGGGAUUAAAAAGGUCAAAGGUUAAGCCCCUGAGUUAUGCCAAGUUGCCUACUGUCACCCAAACUCAAGAGGAGAACCCAAUAGCCUUCUUAAAGAGGUGAGAGAGGCUCUCAUUAAAUACAGCUAUCUACCCAGGCCAAGAUCAUUCUCAAAGACAAACCUGUGAACCAGUCAACCCCAGAUACUUGAAAAAAGUUGGCUGUUGGCCCAGAGCAGACCCUAGAAGAGUUCUUAUGAGUGGCUAAGCGGGUCUUUUACAACCAGGACCAAGAGGAGAGUAAGGAACAAGAAAGACUAAGAAGUCCAAGGCCCUAGUUGUGGCCUUAUAUACGGUUACCAACUUGGCCCCUCAAAGCUCUGAUACCAAAUGCCACCUCCGUGGCCACCCAGGUUACUGGAAGCAAGAAUGCCCUCAAAGGCAAAAGUCAAAGCCCUGCAAACCCUGUCCUACAUGUGGAGGAGGACACUGGGAAUCUGAACGCUCUUGGGGAUCUCAACCUGCAAGGGCUUGGACAACCAGCACCCCCGACAGGGAUGAUGCGGCCCAGGGCUCUUCAAGGUGUCUCCCCCAGAACAGCUUGCCAUUGGGAAGCCAGAGCCUAGGGUAAUUCUGGAGAUAGAAGAAAAGCCAGACAAUUUCCUUUUUGAUAUUGGAGACACAUUUCGUGUUCUACUCUCCACCCCAGACCAACUGUCUAACCACAGCAUUAUUAAGGGUGUCACUGGACAGCCUGUAACCAAAUUUUUUUCUCACCCGCUGGGAUGCAUUUGGGGAGAUCUGAUUUUCUCACUCCUUCUUAAUAAUGCCUGAGAACCCCACACUUCCUCUAGGUAGAGGUGUCCAAUCUGGGAACUCUCAUGUUCAUAGCCCCUUGAGAGACUAGCAAUUGCCUCCCCUUAAUAGAAGCCGACAUUUAUCCUCAGGUCUGGGCAACUCGGGGAGAGGUGGAUCGGGCCUUAACUGCAGUGUCUGUCCACAUACACCCCACAACUUUCCCUUGUCGGAAACAAUACCGUC